GGAGUACCAGUUAAGCAAAAGCAUCUAAAAUUAGGUUUAUAAAAAAUAUAUUUGCUAAAUUAUUAAAUAGAAGCCAACAAUUUAGUUUAUACGUGAAGCAAUUAAUAGUAGGUAGUUCAAAUUUCAUUCAUACAUUACUGGCUCUAAAAGUUAAAGAGCAAAUGAAAAAGAAUAAAUAUGGCUUCGCCCCCAAAUGUAACAGUUCAGACUGUUAGAACAAUACUCAGUGAAGUGAUUGAUUCUUUGGAGUCACCGGACUAUGCAUCUAAGUUGGAUGAGGCUAAGGAAGCUGCUGGUAAUGAGAUGUUAAAGAUGAUGCAACUGGUCUUUCCAAUGGUAGUCCAGAUUGAAAUGGAAACUAUUAAGCGUCAUGGAUUUGCAGGAUCCAGGGAAGGCAUUGUUCAGUUUACGCAGCUCGUGCGAGAAAUGGAGAGUAUGGAUAAUGAGGUUGCGCGUCUACACAGCCAGAUCCGAAGUCACUACUUGCCUCCCGUCUCCAUCAGCUCCACUGUGGAUACUUCCUUGUAAAUCGGU